CCUCAGCGCCCUCUGCGCAUCUACCAAGCCGCCCCUCCUAUCACCGAGCACAUCCAUUCUAACAAGCCCUCCUUGCACCAGCGAAACAAGUCCGUUGGCACCGUCAAGAUUAUGGCCAACACGGGUGCCCUCAACGCUCCUCCCAAGAGAGUCAUCCUCCACGAUUUGAGCAACACCAAUCGCCCCUUGGCCGACGAGCCCAUCGGUAAGGCUGUUCGCGCUCGCGCCAAGUCGGUUGUUAAUGCUGCCGCUCCUACUGUCGCCGGAGCCGGUCGCAACGACGAGAAGGAGAACCACCAGGUUGCGCCUGCUCCGGUUGCAAAGUCCUACAACGUGGCUCCGGUCGAUGUCACAAAGCCCACCGCUCGUAACGCCAACAGCCUCAACCAGCAACGUCCCGUCGGCGCCCUUGCCCAACCUCCUCUGAAGAAUGGUGUUCCCAGGAACAUCAAGCCCACCAUGAUCUACAGAGACAGCAAUGAGCAGGAAGUUGCCGGUCGUGUCGAGCUUCUUACCAACGUUGACGAUCUGGUUGCCAUGGUUGACAAGCAGAUUAAGCGCCCGCGUCAAUACAAGAGCCAGCCAUCCUUGAAGGCAGAGCAGGCCUCCCAGAAGCCGACCCAGUCCAAGGCUGCGGUCCAGACCGAGAAGCUCGCCGAGCUCGAUGACGAGAGCGAUUUCGACGACAAUGUUACCGAGGCGGCUUACGAGGACGCCGUGGAGCAGAUUUCGUACGACACCGCCGGCAUUGGCAACCGCAAUCUGGUUGAGCUCGAGUCCGAUGUGUCCGUUUCCAUCACGCAGGUGGCCAAGUCCCUUCCCACAGCUGAGGAGGACGAGUAUUCGGACGAGGAUCACUCGGGUGUUUACGAGGAUCAUGGAUACACGACAGCCCACUCCUAUCGGUCUCAUGGGGACAACACCACGGGCGGACUGACCACCAUGGUAGCUCCUGCUUCCAGCCUCAAUGCGCAGAGAGAGCUUGCCAUUGCCAAGGACUGGGUUCUUUCUACUCAGACGGAGGAAGAGAUUGAGGAAGAGGCCUGGGACGUGAGCAUGGUGGCCGAGUAUGGCGAAGAGAUCUUUGCUUACAUGAGACAGCUCGAGAAUUCCAUGGUCCCCAAUCCCCACUACAUGGAUAACCAGACCGAAAUCCAGUGGUCGAUGCGCGCAGUUCUUAUGGACUGGUUGAUUCAGGUACAUCACCGGUUUUGCCUGCUCCCCGAGACGCUGUUUCUCACCGUCAACUACAUUGACCGCUUCCUAUCGGUCAAGAUUGUCUCGCUCGGCAAGCUCCAACUUGUCGGCGCCACGGCCCUCUUCGUUGCCGCCAAGUACGAGGAGAUCAACUGCCCAUCAGUCCAGGAAAUUGUGUACAUGGUCGACUCGGGCUACAACGUGGACGAGAUCCUCAAGGCGGAGCGCUUCAUGCUUAGUAUGCUUCAGUUUGAGCUCGGCUGGCCCGGUCCCAUGAGCUUUCUGCGUCGCAUUAGCAAGGCUGAUGAUUACGAGUUGGAGACUCGCACUCUGGCCAAGUAUUUCUUGGAGGUCACCAUCAUGGACGAGCGCUUUGUUGGCAGCCCUGCCAGCUACAUUGCCGCCGGUGCCCACUGCAUCUCUCGCAUGUUCCUUGAGAAGGGCGAUUGGCUCAAGCCACUCAUCAACAUGAUGUUUGAAUGCUGCCGCGAGCCUCGCAAGCACCACAGCGCCGUCUAUGAUAAAUACUCGUCCCCCAAGUACAAGAACGCCUCGACCUAUGUUGAGGCCAAGAUGCUUCGUGGGGUUACGCUGUCCUACCUCUACAGCGCCAUGGCCGAGGCCGCGAGCUCGUCGGGCUCCGAGUGUGAGGCCUUCCGCGCCAACCACCACUUGCCUGUUGCCCUUGAGGCCUAA